AUGUAACUUAUCUAGGUCAGUUUAGAUCCACUUUCUCAAAAAGAAAGAGAAAAUGCACUUAAUGAAGUAAGAAUCCUAGCAUCUAUUCAACAUCCUAAUGUGGUCGGUUACAAAGAGGCUUUUCUCGAGGAAGAGAGAUUCUUAUGCAUCGUAAUGGAUUACGCAGAUGAUGGAGACUUGUAUCAGAAAAUUAUCACUCAUUAGAAAAAUUCAACUUUGUUUGAAGAGGAAACUAUCUGGAGGUAUUUCAUUCAUAUGGUGAGAGGAUUGAAAAGUCUACAUUAACUCAAAAUAUUCCAUAGAGAUAUGAAAAGUGCAAACAUUUUUCUAAAUAAAGAUGGGACAGCAAAACUUGGAGAUUUAAAUGUAUCUAAAGUAGCUAAAAAAGGACUGUUAUAUACUUAAACAGGGACACCCUACUAUGCCAGUCCUGAAGUAUGGCAGGAUUAACCUUAUGACUAGAAAAGUGAUAUGUGGAGUCUUGGCUGUGUUCUAUAUGAAAUAGCUACACUUUAACCACCAUUUAAGGCAAAUGACAUGGACGGAUUAUUUAAAAAAGUUUUAAAAGGUAUGUAUCCUUAAAUACCGGAACAAUAUUCUGCAGAUUUGUCGAAAAUAAUAAAAAAGUUGAUAUGUGUUCAUGCAAGCGCAAGGCCAACCUGCGAUUAGAUACUAGAUAGCUGGAUUGUUAAAAAAUGGACCAAUAAACUUGGGAUGAAUGAAAAUGAUAAGUCUAUAGAUUAAAAACAUGAGAAAGAUGAUGGCUUGGGAGGAAAUAUUGAGCUGCUAAAUACCAUCGUACUUCCGAACAAUUUAAAGCUUCUGACUGAAAGACUUCCAAAAUCAAAAUAUGAUGAAUCUAGAAUUACCUAGUCUUAGAAAAAUAUCAUGAGAAUUGAGGAUAGCCCAUAGAAUCUGUCUGAUUAAGGAAUCUAAGAAAGUCAAAUUUAAACAAAAAGAAAACAUACUGAAAAACAAGUAAGACCUACUGGUGGUGCCGCUCAACGAAGAAGGAAGAUUAAUUUGAUUGAUCUAGAGAAUAGCAACAACAAAAUGAGCUCAAGAUGA